AUGUUUACGUUCUUCGCGGGUCUUGCUACGCUGGCCUACUUCAUCCUCUGGAUUGUGCACAUAGAAGCUGUGCAACAUCUGAACGACAAGAAGUGGCCUGUUCAGACCUUCGAGUCCGAGCCAGGCUUCCAUCCUCCUGUCCUCGAAAUCACCGCCCCAGAACAAGCCUCGAAAGAUGGAUACCUCUUCUUCGCCCCAGGAGGCCCCCAAGCCAGCCAAACCGCACCAGUGAUCAUGACGAACAACGGCGAGCUCAUCUGGAACGGACCGCCAGGCCUCUUCGCCUUCAACUUCGGCGUGCAGACCUACAAAGGCGAAGACGUCCUCGUCUUCUGGAACGGGAGUAGAUUCCCCGAACCGAAAGGACGCGGACACGGGAACGUCUAUCUCUGGAAUCGACACUACGAACAGAUCGCGAAUGUCUCCCUCGCGGGGGAGUUCGUCGAGUUCAAUGGGGAGAGUUAUCCGAGUAAUAUCGAUUUGCACGAGCAUUAUAUCACGGAGAACGGGACGUUGCUGGUCCUGGCAUAUAACGUGACGCAAGCGGAUCUGAGGAGUGUAGGAGGUUUGCAGGAGGGAUGGGUGGUGGAGGGGCAGGUUUAUGAGAUUGAUAUCGAGACGAAUGAGGUGUUGUUUGCGUGGAGGAGUUUGGAGCAUUUGGAUAAGCUGCCUUUUACGAGUUCGGUGUAUCCGUUGGGCAGUGAGGGGUAUGAUGGCCGGACGAGGGAGAAUGCUUGGGGGUAUUUUCAUCAUAAUUCCGUCACGCCGUUUCGGGAGGGGUAUAUUAUUUCUUCGAGGUACUUUUGCAGUGCGAUUGCGAUUUCGAGGACGAGUGGGGAGGUACUUUGGGUGUUGCAGGGACGGGAUGGAGGGGAUUCUCAUCUUCAAGGCGAGAAUGGCAGUACGAGUUUCUGCUAUCAACAUGAUAUCCGCGUCCUGGAGGAGAAAGUCGAUCAGGAAGGCGACCUUACGCAACUAACCCUCUCAAUGCACGACAACGCCAACAGCCCCAUCGACAAGAACAAAAUCCCCACGUCCGGCAAAAUCUUCUCACUCGACUUCUCCACCAACCUCGCCACGCAAACGCACCGCUAUCUCAAUACCUCCGGCCUCGUCUACGGCACCGCCCAAGGAAGCCAUCAACGCCUGACCAACGGCAAUAUCUUCGAAGGAGCGGGCUACAUCCCCAUCAUGGAGGAGUUCUCACCAGAAGGAACGCCCUUGUGUCGCUGGAUCUUUGGCACGCCGCUCCGCACGACCGAAGGGGGAUUUCUGUCUCCCGAGCCGGAGAGCGUGGUGCUGUCGUACCGCGCGUAUAAGCAGCCUUGGGUGGGGUGUCCGCGAACUAAGCCGGCUGUUGUGUUGAAUGCUUCGAAUGGCACGGAGGGGAUGACGGCGUAUAUUUCGUGGAAUGGGGCGACGGAGGUGGAGAAGUGGGAGGUUUGGGGUCGGAGGGAGGGGAAGAAGGGGAGGGUUAUGAAGGUUGUGGAGAAGAGCGGGUUUGAGACUGUGGUGGAGGUUGGGAGGGUGGAGGUUGUGUGGGUGAGGGCUUUGUUGAGGAAGGGUGCGCCGAGGGGGUGUGGAGGUGGGGUGUGGAGUGAGAGGGUGCGGGUGAAGGACGAUGAGGGGGUGGAUAAGAGGAAGGGAGGGAUUUGGUGGUGA